GCGCAGGUCGUGUUGGUCACGCCGGAGUCGGCGGUUAGGGAGGUAUUUAGCAAUUUUAUUAACCGACAGCGGUUAAUAGAACGGUUGGACCGGAUUAUAAUUAAUAAAUGCCACGUAAUUUUGGAUUUAGUAGGCGGGUGGAGGAGCAGAAUAUUAGCGUUAAGGAAUUUAGUUAUAAUAGAAACGCAGUUAGUGUAUUUAAUAGCAAUAAUCUAG